AUGACGGAUAUCAUCGAAAAGCCUCGUCAUUCCGAAACAUCAAACAGCUCCUUUUCAACUCGACCUAACGAUAUGACCGUCCUAGGAGUCGUUGACUUCGCUGACUGUGAUCAAUGUUCUCCGUACCCCAACCGAUGGUCAAGCAUCAGGGAGCGCAUCUCCGCACCGGUAGCCGAAUUCAUGGGUGCCUUCAUUCUAUGCUUGCUUGGCUGUGGCGGCAAUUGCCAGGCAAAUCUCUCUGCCAAUAAAAGUGUGUCUGCAAGCCCAGCGGGGAAUGCUGUCACAUCCAACCUCUCUUGGGCCAUUGGACUGUCCCUUGGUGUAUGGAUCUCUGCAAACCACUCAGGUGGUCAUUUGAACCCUGCGGUCACCAUAGCAUUUGCUACUGUCCGCGGUUUCCCCUGGAAAAAGGUCCCAAUCUACCUCCUUGCGCAACUCCUUGGCGCCUUAUGUGGGGCAAGUGUAGUCUACGCUACUUACUUCAAUGCGAUCACCAUCGUCGAAGGGGGCUCCGAUAUUCGUACAAUUGCGGUAUCUGGUAAUCUUUUUGGAACCUAUGCGGCCGAUUAUCUUCCUUCAGUCUCCGCCUUCUUCGCUGAAUUUAUAGGGUCUGCCAUGCUCAUUACCGGAAUUUUCAUGUUAACGGAUAAAAACAAUGGUCCUUUACCUCCUGGUGUUCUUCCUGUUGGAAUAUUUUUCUUACUCCUUGGCAUCGGUUCGGCUCUUGGUAUGGAUACUGGAGCAGCCCUUAAUCCUGCCCGUGACCUGGGGCCCCGUAUUCUUACCGCCAUGGUUGGGUACGGUAGCGCAGUGUUCAACUUCAGGAACCAGUAUUGGCUUUGGUGCCCUAUUCUUGGUCCAAUUUUUGGCAUGAUUGUAGCUGCGUUCUUCUAUGAUGCUAUGCUCUACAGAGGUUCAGAAAGUAUUACGAACAGGCCGAGCGAAGAGGCCGAAAGACAUCACCUGCACUCGUGCGCUCGCACCAAACCUAAUGGGGUUGCAGGAAUAGUUUGAUGAUAUUCAUGAUUGGAUAACACUCGUGAUGACACUGGUAGCCCGGACAUGACCCUCUACGUAUGAUGCCCAUCUUUGACUCCUUUCGGAUGUGUGUUUUUUUUGUAUUUUUAAGUAAAGUCUUACCGAUAGGUUGGAAUUUACGUAGAAUGAGGUUUAAAUUUAA